AUGUUCAUCGUGUAUUUAAAAAACGUUGAAAAAACUACGUUGUUACUUAAUCAGACGCGAAGAAUAUUACGCGGUCAAGAAGUGACAGACACGAGGCCGUACAUGGUCUAUCUUCGCCCUGCGUCCGGCGCUGACCCGAAGCUGAAGGACUCGAACUGGCUGUGCGGCGGUGUGAUCAUCCACUCGCAGUUCAUCCUAACAUCCGCGGCUUGUAUUGAAGACGCUCAACACUUCGUGGUCGUUUCAGGAACGCAUAGGUGGCUCCCGCCGGGGGAUGAGGAUGAAUGUAUUGUAAAUGGAGCAAAGAAAGCAGUUUGGAAAUGUGUGCCAAAAAAUUACGUAUUCGACGGUAAUGAAUUUGAUAAUAUACGUUGGAUGGUAAACGACAUAGCUGUGGUUAAAGUUGAAGAUGAUUUUAACUUUGAAAGACGCAUUCGUGGCUGUGACUUUACACCUAAGCAAAUCGCUUAUAACAAUAAGUCUGAAGAAUUAGAAUCGCCUGGAACUGUCGCUUCUAUCGCUGGAUGGGGAUCCGUCGAUAGCUUCAGCUAUAUGUUCGAUAAUUCGAACAUGAAUUCUCCCAAUCUGCUUGAAACGGAUGUUAUAUUAAUAUCAAAGGCGAAAUGUAAGAAACGCUGGGCGGAACGAUACCAUUUCAUUAUCGACGAGAACAUGGUGUGCGCUAAAGAUGGUGUCGACAUGGAAGCGAUGAGUGUCUUAUGUAAGGAACAAGAAAUCAAUUGCAAAGAACUAAUGUACUCCGAUGAAACUGAAGAUCAAUUUGCAGGGAGACGAUUUAUUUUGGAACCAGAAUCACUACAAGUUCAUGGCGCUAGUCAUUUCAACCAUUUGAGACGAUCGAAACUAGCUUCUGGAGGGUUUUGUGAGAACGACCACGGUGGACCACUUGUGGUCGGUGAUGGAAGAAGUGCCACUGUUAUUGGUGUGAUAUCGGCUUGUAUGACUGCUAAUUUCACACAAAAAUGCUAUGGACCUUUUCUUUACACUAGUGUCUGGCGUAACCGACAUGUUAUUGCUUGUGCUAUUGAUAAAUCUCUUGGAGCAACUUGCAGAAGAUUAUUAAAAACAACGAAAACGCGUUUGGUUGAAACGAAAUUGGAUUGGACGAAUCAUCGUGAUAGAUCAAAUAUUGGAAAAUCGCCUUCAGACCGUAGUAAACAUAUAUCAAGAGUAAAACCUGGAACUGAAAAGAUGCAAACGAGACAAAUGAAACAUAAGUAA